UGAGUAUCCAUUCUCUGGUUUAAGAGCUCUGCUUGUUCCGCGGGCCGCGUUUCGUGGCAGCAGUACUCAUCUUUGCCUAGCCCCCUGUUACGCAAGCCGGAGACGAAAAAAAUCGGGUCCAGGAACCUGUCUGGAACAGGGGGCCCUUCUCCAUACAGAGCCCUGGGCCUCUGGCACGGGUUAGUCAAUACCCGUACUAACAAAAAAUCGCCGAGGUUGAACGGAGUAUAUAAGCCAUCGUUGUAGGCAACACGUAUUCGACCAUGGCAAGAGACAUGGCGGCGUCUCAACCGCAAUCCGUCACAGAGCUCAAUGCCUGUGUUUCAUCGUCAAAUGGCCGCCUACCGCACAAAGUGACCACGUUUCGAGAAUGGCUGCUUGCCAACCAGAUCGGGAUUUCGGUGACGAUUUUCGCAAUGCUUCUGGCCGUCCAGAACCUCUACCCUUCCCUCCAACCAUACACCACGCCGUUUUUCCAGCUCUCAUAUUACAACCCUUCAAAAGGGUCCUAUGUCCAAGGCCGGGAUGAUAUCUCGUUCGUUAUCAGCUCCGCCAUUGCCUUCACCGGAAUCCGCGCCGCUGCUAUUGAAUGGAUAUUCGAGCCAUUGGCUCGGCAAGCAGGGCUGAAGCAUAAAGCUGCUCUUCGGGUGGCAGAACAGGGCUGGCUAUGGGUCUACUAUGCUUUCUUCUGGACGUAUGGGAUGUAUCUCUGGAUUCAUUCUUCCUACUGGAAGAGUUACUCUGCUAUCUGGGCUGAGUGGCCGGUACGGGAUGUCUCCGGGUCGAUGAAGUGGUACCUGCUGGUGCAGCUAUCUUUCUGGAUCCAACAGAUGCUUAUCAUCCAUAUUGAGAAGCGGAGAAAGGACCAUUACCAAAUGCUGGUCCAUCACAUCAUUACCAGUACGCUCCUGGGCUCGGCAUACAUCUACGGCUUUUAUAAUGUCUCAAACGUCGUGCUUUGCCUGAUGGAUAUUGUCGACCUUCUCCUUCCGACUGCCAAGAUCCUCAAGUAUUUGAAAUUCGAGACGAGCUGCAACGUUGCUUUUGGGGUUUUCCUUGUGACAUGGCUGAUUGCUCGGCACAUCUACUACCCUCAACUGUGCUGGUCUAUAUACAAAGACGUCCCAACUCACAUGGCAUACGGCUGUUAUUCUGGCACCACAGCCGAGUUGGUCACCACAGACGGAUAUCCCGACAGGGCUUCCUACCUGCUGUCUCCGUUCAAGGACAUCAAUGGUCCGAUCUGCAUGAAUCGUACCGUCAAGUGGAUCUUCCUGUCCUUCCUUCUCUUCCUCCAGCUUCUCUCCAUUAUUUGGUUCGGCAUGAUUGUCCGCGUUGCUGUGGGCGUCCUGCGUACCGGGAACGCUGAGGACACUCGAAGUGAUGACGAAGAGGAAGAGAUCAAGGCUGCCAAUGGCAACCUUCAGGCCGUGGGCAGGGAUGGAGCGACAAUUGUGACUGGCGGCUCGGCUGUGCACGCUCGGGGUCGCGGGCGAGUCCGGCUAUCGGAGCAGAGUGACCGAAAGGCACUCCUGGGCAGAAUUGGCUGCGACAGGCCGACAUGAAAUAAGUAAAAGUCGGUAAUCAUCAUUAUUUCAAUUUUUUCUCUCCUGAAAUUAUACCAUUGCAUGUCCUUGGGCGCCUUUACAAGCCGAAUUGGCUGCACAAGCUUAAAAAAUUUCCUUCCUUUUCUUUAGAAACAAAUUUCCCUCUUCAGAAACUCAGCAUACCCUCAUUCAAAUCAAUCCUUUUAGCCCCAUGAUAAUAUAGACAAGCAGGCCUUUUUCUCAGAUGGAGGCAAAUGGGGCUUUGGAGAUACUAAAUAUUCGGAUUUAUACUGAAGAUAUUCUCUGCUUAUUCC